GUAGCCAGACUAAUAUCAAAUAUGGCGAUCCCAAAGAGUAUAAUGAAUGUAAAGAACAACUAUACACGGCACUUGGCUUGAUCUGCAUGAAAAGUUGUACUAUAAAUAAUUUAUGAAUAAGAAUGGCAGAACGCCUGCAAUGGGUCGAAAUCAUCGAACCUCGAACGCAGGAACGUAUGUACGCCAAUCUCAUAACGGGAGAAUGCGUAUGGGAACCUCCACCUGGAGCGGAUAUAAAGAAAACAGACGAUAAUCAAUGGUGGGAACUAUUCGAUAAGAAAACUUCCCGAUUCUAUUAUUAUAACGCAACCAGUCAAAAAACCGUUUGGCACAAGCCUACAAACUGCGAUAUAAUACCAUUAGCUAAAUUGCAAACCCUGAAAAAUAAUAGUGAUAUUCAAGGAAAUGGAGUUAACCGAUCGAAAGAAAUCUCAACACAAACCAAUACUGCUUUGUUACCCCAAUCGACUUCUCUAAGAAUUCUGCACAACACUACUCAGACUUCCCCUCACUACAGGAGACGACAGACUCAUAGAAGUUCUACGUCGAGUACAACGUCUAGUCCUACUUCAAGGAGUAGUUUAGAUGAUUUGGACUCUAGAAGCCGAAGCAGGAAGUCCUCCCACGACAGUCCACAUUUAAGAUCAUACGGUUCCCAAAGAUGCGGUCGAGUUACGGAUCAGCAAACUUUAUAUGAGAAUACUAAUAUUCUCGAAGAUCCAGUCGGGAGGCGCACUCCUCGCGCGUUCCCGAGAACUAAUCCUCGUACAGUUCCUCGUUUACAACAUCAAAUCUCUAUGCCCUCUCCCCCUCGUCAUUCUGAUUCAUCAGAUACAACACAUGUGGAGGAAAAUUCUUCAAUUCAAACUGUUCCUCUUCAGGCUGAAUAUGCUAAUGUCAGACGUAAAUCAGCCUCGUCUGACAUUGAACGAGCCCAACAGUUGUCUGAUACAUCAACAUCCUCUUCGUCUUCCUCGUCAUCAACAACCGAACAAGACGAAAUGAUGACUCCUCCUAAUCCUAAUUCUCUACCUGCUGUUCAUCAAUCGCUUCGCCGUAAACCUAACUCUGGUAUUUCAUCAGUCGUAACUACUCAAGCUCAUCAAAGAAUUACACUGCCGACACCUACUCUCGAAAAGAGUGUAUCGCUACAAAGUGAUAUGGCGCAGGCUCAAAAUCAUAGACCAUUGUCAAUGCUUGUAACGUCGCCAAGCGACGUAGAUGGAUUACUUUCUAAUGAUCAACCGGCUAGACCAAAUGAUAUAGAAAAAUAUGCGGCUGAAAACUUGAACAAACACAAGAAGGGACUUUUAGGUAAAAAGGUCCCCGUAUCGAAUAUGCUGUCGUGGACAAAGGAUCCAAUUACGAAGCCUAUGAUUCGGACACAGGAUAAGCAAGUAAAAGUAGAGGCUCCCGAACUUUUCAAGAUGAUUCAACAAUAUAUGGGAGAUAGAAAGUUUAGAGGUUCAGACAAUGAUUCGCUGGACUUGGCGCUGAUUGUAUGCACCUCUGGUUGGGAAAGGCUAUCUUUAAGAGACGAAAUUUAUAUGCAAUUAUGCAGACAAACUACUGAUAAUAGUAAAGAAGAAAGUUUAAGAAAAGGCUGGGAAUUACUCGCCAUUUGCCUUAAUUUUUUUCCGCCCUCUAACAAAUUUUAUAUGUCUUUGGAAUGUUAUGUAGCAAGGCACCUAGAUCCUCUGGAGCAAGGAACUAUGCCCGCUACUGUUCCAGUAGCUCAGUUAGCUUCGGCGUGUCAGAGGAGGCUGGAGAAAAUUCACAAUUUCGGCGCUCAGAAAGGCACAAUUAAACCAACUAUCGAUCAAAUAGAGCAUUCUAGGAAAUCCUUAUAUUCUAUAUCAAUGUUUGGAUCCGUUUUGGAAGAUAUCAUGUAUAAGCAAAAGGAUCGCUUUCCUCGCCGUCAGCUACCAUGGGUUUUGACUACUCUUGCCGAGUAUAUACUCCAAUUAGGAGGAGCAAAGACAGAGGGAAUAUUUCGGAUAGGUGGAAAUAUUGAUGAAUUAAACGCCUUAAAAGUACUCGUUGACAAGUGGCAGGAACCAGUAGAGGCUACUGAUCCCCAUCUACUUACCAGCUUGCUUAAAUUAUGGAUAAGGGAACUAUACGAACCGUUAAUUCCCGAUUAUGUGUAUAAUCGCUGCUUAGAUGCUUUUGCCGAUCCAAAGGCAGCUAUAAACAUUGUUAAUGAGUUACCCGAAAUCAAUCGUCUUGUGCUAUCCUAUUUGAUUAGAUUUUUACAGGUGUUCGCAGCUCCAGAGCAUGUGGAAGCAACGAAAAUGGAUGUAAGUAAUUUGGCUAUGGUUAUGGCGCCUAACUGCUUACGCUGCCAAAGUGAGGAUCCUCGUGUUAUAUUCGAAAAUACACAAAGUGAAGAAGUUGUUAAGAAAGGAUGUAUGGGUAAAGCUUUUCCGACCGGUUUUAAAGAAGAAAUGAAACAUACACUCAAACUCGCUAUACCAAUAAUUCUUAUUCAGAUAAGUCAGAUGAUUUUAGGACCAAUAUCACUUAUAUUUUGUGGUCACUUAAAAGAUCCUACAAAGCUCGAUGGAGCAGCUUUAGGAAUAAGUAUGAUAAACGUUACUGUCGUGUCUGUUGGCACUGGUUUAGGAACGGCAUGUGACACAUUCUUCUCUCAAACUUUUGGCAGUGAGAAUAAAAAACGUUUGGGGAUCUAUUUGCAAAGAGCAUUUAUGCUCUUUACGUUAUGCUUAUUUCCUAUUAUUGCCGUUCACAUUAACUUAACGAGUAUACUCUAUUUACUUGGUCAAGAACCGGAUGUUGCCAUUCUAGCUGGAAGAUAUUUACUUUAUUUUAUACCAGGCGCAAUAUGCUUCUUUUGGUAUUUGGUAUUAGCUAAAUAUUUAACAAGUCAGAAUAUUAUUCUACCAAACGUUAUUAUUGGUUUGUUUGUGAAUGCGGCAAAUGCUAUAAUGCACUAUGUAUUUUUAUAUAAACUUGAUUGGGGAACCGACGGAUCUGCAAUAUCGCAAUCCGUUUCUUAUUUCCUCUUCUUCGUGCUCACAUUCUCCUUCAUUCUACUCUCCGGUAUCUAUAAACCUACAUGGGAUGGUUUCACAAUCGAAGCAUGGUUUCAUUGGGGAGAAUUUGCAAAAUUGAUGAUUCCUGGAAUGUUAAUGAUGUGCUUGGAAUGGUGGGCUUUCGAAAUAGGAAUAUUUUUAACGGGUUUAUUGGGAAAAGCUGAUCUGGGCGCUCAAUCGGUUGUACUAAAUAUUGACUCAUUAUGGUUUCAAUUACCUUUGGGCUUACAAAUCGCAUGUUCCAUACGAGUUGGUCAAUAUCUUGGAGCAGGUAAAGCCCUAAAUGCAAAAACUACUGGCAGAGUUGCAAUGACUAUAGUCGUUUUUGCCUCAAUUUUAAUGGCCAUAGUCUUCGUGGCUGCCCGUUUUAAAUUGCCGUACAUUUUUACAAAUGUGGAAGAGGUUGCUAAGAUGGUUGGUCAACUUUUACCGAUUGUUGCGUUAUACAUGUUUUUUGAUGGAAUGGCGACGGUUUGUAAAGGAGUUUUAUACGGUACUGGGCGUCAGAUUAUCGGAGCUAUUAUGCUGUUUUGUAACUACUAUCUUUUUAGUUUACCUCUGGGUAUACCUCUUAUGUUUUUAACGAAAUUAAGGGGAGCUGGAUAUUGGUGGUCUCUUGCCGCUAACUUAAUUGUACAAUCAACAAUCCUUUUUGGCAUUAUUCAAUGUACUAAUUGGGAGAAACAAGUUGAACUUGCAUUGAUUCGAGCUGGUAUUACAAAGCCUCUUGAGGAUAUUGACGAAGAGAGUCAACCGCUAUUGGAGAAGCAAAGAAGAACUUCUCUUCCAGCACCAUCAGGCAGAGGAGUUCUCUCAUCUGUUUCGAUAAGAGGUAGAACUGAUUCAGAAAUUACCAACGGUGUACGUUGGAUGGAGAUUGUCUUCUAUAGGACAAUUACUGCACUUAUAUUAAUAUUUUUCUUAGCUGCUGGAAUUUUUGUUCGAAUCACAAUCAAUCAACCACAAUGGCCCACUCCAAUAAAUAGUACAGUUAGUUACAACACUAGUCAAACUAUGCCAGUAGUUACUACUUUAAUUACUUCUACGAUUUAA